AUGACACCAAUAAUAUACAGAAGCAUAAUUGUCAAUCUCGUUCUAUCGCGCUACGGGUUUGUUGCCAAAUACAGUGAUAAUAUCCAGCAUAGAGAAGUGGAAAAGAAUAUCGCCAGGGCAUUUGGCUACACUGCGGGGGAUCUUAGUGCGCUGCCAGAGAAGGCAAAUCUCGGAUUAAGCUGUGGAAAUUCCGUUGGUUUCGCGAACGUGAAAGAGGGCGAAACGAUUCUGGAUCUUGGCAGUGGCAGCGGCAUUGAUGUGCUUCUGGCGGCUCGUAAAGUUGGCCGCAAUGGACAGGCCAUCGGCAUUGACAUGACAAAAAACAUCCAAAAGGCAGGCCUGUCCAAUGCAAAGAUCAUCGAAGCCAAUGUCAACUGCAUACCGCUGCCUGACUCCAGCAUUGACUGCAUUAUCAACAACUGUGUUAUCAACUUGGUGCCGGCGACAGACAAAGAGGCCGUUUUUAAAGAGAUUGACCGACUCCUCAAGCCAGGUGGAAGAGUAGCAAUCGGUGAUAUCCUGGCUAGGAAACCGCUCCCGGAUACCAUUACCAAAAACAUGGCUCUUUAUGUUGGGUGUGACGAGUAUCUCAGGCAGGCUGGAUUUGAAGGUACAUAUACCACCAUAAAAAGAGGCCCCCGUACUAAUAUAAUGGCAGGCGCGUUUAUUAUGGAUACCAAAUCGGAUCUUAACCUUUAUAAACAGUUGUCGUAUUUACCCCAGAGCUCGUGCUGCAGCGGUGGAUGCGGCGUUCAGUCUCUUGAUGUGAUAGCGGAGUUAGAUUUCAAUGAGUGGGUUGGCUCUUUCCAAAUAUAUGUUGUGAAGCCCGAGACGACUUGA